AUGCUGAAAGAUAUAGGUUCUAACUCUGAUAGUAUUUCUUAUGGUGGACUUGACCAUAAUAAUGCGAAGUAUCAAUCAGCAUUUGAUGAUUAUUCAGACGAGGAGUUUGAUGAAACAGGGAUAGAAACACCAAGAUCUUUAAGAAAUGAUAAAUCAAUAUCAAGUGUCAGCAUUAAAGAUGACUUAAAUGUGAUAGAUGGUAAAGUGACAACCACUACUAUCCCUGUUAAAGAGCUGGAUGAUGAUUAUACAUCACGUUAUGUGAAGUAUCGAUCGAGGAAUGGAACUCCCUUGAAGCAGCCGCCCAUCAAUUCGAGCAGAAUGCUAACGAAUCUGGAUGACAUAGAAUUCGAUUCAAACGAAGAAGAUGACGUAGCAAUAAGAGCCAUGAAACUAAUAUCUCCAUCAAAGACAAAGCUGUCAAAGUACGAACUUUCAACACCGGUUAAAAAUAGAAUAGCAAGCGGUUUUAGCUCACCACCAUCGAAUCUAAAGUUUAGCAAUCCACUUAGAUCUGAAUCGCCUGCUAUAGACCAGGCUGGUAAUCCUGAUGUUCAAGAUAUUGAAUUCGACUCUUCAGCGGAUGAAGACAGAAUAGAUGUUCCAAAAGUUACCCCUGAUAUACCUAAGGUAGCAACUAGUCUAUUACUGGAAUCGCGAUCAGAAGAACCCGAAAAGAAUAGCUUCCAGGAGUUAUUGAAAAUGCUGGUCGAAAGAAAUUCUAAUCAAAAAUUCGUCUUGGAAAAGAGCAAUCAAUUAGAUAAAUUGGAUUCUGUAACAAUUAAUUCCUUAGAAAGAUCACCACAACCGAUCAAGUCAGAUGUUGAUGUAUCUAGAGAUAGUAUAAUUCAGAAGGUGAAUAAUACAUUAGAUGCUCUAAAUCAAUCUACAAGGAGGUUUCGGUCUUUGACACAUUCUCCCAAGCCAAGAAUCGUAGAGGAUGUGACAAAGGAGAAUGAAGAUGAAUUAAGUUCUGUUGAAUCAGAACCAGAUUUUGUAAAGCAUUUUCUAAAUGGCCCAAAAGAAGAUGUUCUUGCAAAUUCCACUCCUUUUCUAUCAAAUGAAGGAUUAGGCAAUAGACAGAAAACUUUGUCUCCAACUAGAUCAGAUACCAGAAAGAACAACGAGAGAUCAAAGUUUCGUAUAAUACCAGGGUGGACAGUUAGCCAGUGGACAAAAUUGGAUAGAAUAGUUAAGCUGAAGAGGAUAAAGCGAAAGGAAGCCAUAAAUAGUUCCUACCUUCUUCAAGAGUUGGACUGCACCAAGGAUGAAUUAAAGCAAAGAUAUGAUUUUUUGGUUAAGUAUGGUCCACAAGAUCCAAAGAGAAGAUCUAAGAGAAAAAUUUAA